UUAAUCAGUUCGUCUCGUCGCGUAGAACUCAACAGAAUGGCAACAAACUGCUGAGAUAUUUUUUUUUACCAAAGAUUAGUCAAAAAUAAAUAUUCCCACAAUUCAGUGAUAAAAGCACUUUUCCCCCAUUCAGGUUGUUCAGUGCGUUCGAGGAGGCGAAAUGGAGUGGAAAGUCAAGUUCAGUGGGAGGGUACUCCAAUUUCUCUGUGCUUUUCUAGUUAAUUUCCACACAAUGGUGUACUCAAUGGUGGCUAUAUGGCCAUCUCCAGCUCUUCCUGAUCUUCUCUCCGACAAUAGUCCUUUGCCCAGUGGCACAAUAUCUGUUCUCGAUGCAUCCCUUCUCAGCUCAAUUCUCUACUUUGGUGGCCUUCUGGGUACUGUGCUUUAUGGCUACAUGUCGAAGAGUUUAGGCCAGAAGCGAUCGAUACUCUUAGCAGUUGUUCCCGAAGUUGCAGCAGCUCUGUGCAUAAUUUUUGCGCGCGAUGUGAACUACCUGCACGUUUCGCGAUUCCUCAGCGGUGUAGCUGGUGGUGCACUACAGAUAAUUCCAGCGUAUGUGUGUGAAAUCUCGGAAGAUUGUAUAAGAGGAAUUCUGGGAUCAAUUCUUGGCAUUGUUGAUUGCUUUGCCUUGUUGAUGGGGGCAAUUUUGGGAGCUUAUUUGCCCUUCUACAGUGUUCCAUACGUUCAUAUACUCCUAUCUGGAAUUUCUUUACUUUUCAUAUUCUUUCCAGAGUCCCCUCAGUUCCUUAUGUUGCACAAGAAAAUUCCCGAAGCGCAACAAUCACUUAACUUUUUUCGCCAAUCAGUGCCAAAAGAGAAAAUCUCUGAGGAAUUCAAUCGUCUUCGUGAAUCAAUUGUUGAUUCCACAAAAAGCACAAAAGAAGUUGUGACGCUCAAGGAUUUCAAAAAUCCAUCAACGAUAAAAGCUCUCGUGAUCUGCGUUGUGAUCUUCACAGGACGUCAAGCAUCGGGCAUUGGAACAAUACUCAACUUCAAUGGGCUGAUCUUCCAAGAAACCGGAAUGGAAAUGAAUCCCAAUUUAGGAACUAUCAUCUUUGCCAUCGUUCAACUCAUCAGCUUCUUCACAAUGUCCCUCUACAUUGAUAGAUUUGGACGAAGACUUCAGCUAACUGGUUCCCUUAUGGGAGUUUUCAUCAGCUACAUACCCAUCGCAACGUAUUUUUAUGCCCAAAGUUCCGGGUUGGAUGUUUCUUCAUUGUCUUCCUGGCUUCCUCUUUUAGCCUUUUCAGGGGUUGCCAUCUUCUCCAUGGGUCUCAUUCAUACGCCCACAAUUAUCAUGACGGAGAUUGUACCAACAAAGCUCAGAGGAACAGUAGUACUGCUCAUCUACUUAAUAACGCGCAUUCAAUCGAUUCUUAUGCUGCAGUUCUUCCUGCCACUCAUCCAGCAAUUUGGGCUGCAUAGUUGUAUGUUUGCUUUUGCCACGUGGACUAUAAUUGAAGCGCUAUUUGUCUUUUUCUACGUGCCCGAAACCAAAGGAAGAAGUGUUGAUGAUAUUGUUAAGAAUCUUGUUAAGAAACCACCAAUUCAGACUGUUGAAUAAAUUUUUGUUUAUUUUUGUAUUUCAAAAAAAGCUUUGAAGCUUUCAAUUACCUAUAGACUUUUUUAAAUUAUCCGCAAUCGGAAUAAAUGGGAAAAUAACUUUUACAAAGAAAAAUACCUUAUAGAAGAAUUUUUUUCAAAGUUAAUUGAAUAAUUUCUCACAAAAAAAAAUAUUUUAAAAAACUUAAGAAGCUUAAAUUUGAACCACUCCCCCUAAAUCAAAGCAAGAAAAAUAAAAGCAAGAUUUUCUUUUUAAUUUCUACACAUUAAAAUUACCUUCAUUUAAUACAA